AUGGGUGCCGCUAAGAACACUUUCAGGCGCAGCCGGCCAAUCAACCAGAACAUCAUCGUCGGCUUGAUCCUUUUCUACCUCCCUGGUAUCUACACUACUCUGACCGGUUUAGGAGCGGGCGGAGGAAAGCCUUCCUCUAGCGUUGUGGCCAACCAAACAAAUGCCAUUCUUUACGGAAUGUUCACGCUGUUUGCCUGUCUGGGUGGCACCAUUGUUAACCUUAUACGACCUCGUCUCUCCCUGAUGGUGGGCAGUCUUGGUUACCCGCUUUACGUCGGAGGUCUCUGGUAUUUCGAUGUCACCGGUCAUUCCUGGUUUCCUCUCUUCGGCGGUGCUGUUUUGGGAGUUCUUGCUGGUAUCCUCAUGACUUGUGCCGGUAUGAUUGCAACGUCUUAUGCAGAAGAGAGGGAGAAGGUUCCUCGCCAUGCAAUGGAUGAUUCGAGCAGUGGGAGCCAGCACUGGCGCACCAUCUCAUUCGCAGUCAAUAUCGAUCAGACCAAAGCUGGUGGAGUCUCGGGGGCUGUUUAUAUUGUGUUUAUUAUCAUCCAGUGCAGCUCCCUCCUUCUCUCUGCGUUUUUGAUCAUUGAUCCGAAGGACGUCGUUCGCGAUGACGGCACUCAUCUAGAAUGA